GGAUUCCUGCGGCCCUAGCUCUUGUUACAGAGAAACCCUAACCCUAGCUCAGAUGAGCCGCCGCCGGUACUCGCUGGCGCCAGCGCCUCCGCUGGACGACGAGUUCCUUCUGGAGGAGAUCCUCCUCCGCCUCCCUCCGCAGCCCUCCUCACUUCCACGCGCCUCUCUCGUCUGCAAGCUUUGGCGCAGCAUCCUCUCCGACCCCCAAUUUCUCAAACGAUUCCGGAAACACCACCGUGAGCCUCCUCUGCUCGGCUUCUUCACAGGCCAUAUUGCCGCGCUCUUCACUGCCGCCCUGGACUCGCCUGACCGCAUCCCUCACGCCCGCUUUUCCCUGCCGCAGAGAAACCGCCCCGAUGAACAGUUGUUCUUCAUGGGCUGCCGUCACGGCCUCGCCAUCCUGAUCAAUGGCAAUGAGCGCGAGGUUGUCGUGUGGGAUCCCCUCACCGGCCAACAGCGCCGCGUGCCAUUUCCAUCGGAUAUGGACAAUAGACGGGGGAAUUCCUUUCAGGCCGCCGUGUUGUGCGCUGAUGCUGAAGAUGGGCAUGUGCACGGAGAUUGCUUCUUUUGUCCAUUUAAAUUGAUUUUGGUUUGUACCGGAUACAAGCAUGCAUUCGGUUCUCUCUACAAUUCCAAGUCUGGUGUAUGGGGAAAUAUUGCCUCCACAGCGACUACUGAUGAGUUAUCUAUAAGGCCCAGCAUCCUCAUCGGGAAUGCAGUUUACUGGUUGUUUCGUGGAGGUGAUAUCCUUGCCUUUGAUAUUGAAAGGCAAACCCUUGGUGUGAUUCAGAAGCCGCCAGGUACUCAGACUGCUGACUGCUGGUCCUUUCAGCUCUUACGGACAGAUGAUGGUAGUGCCCUUUGCUUUGCGAAUCUGUCAAAACUGAGAAUAUAUAUAUGGGUGAGGAAAAGGAACUCCUAUGGUAUCGCGAGAUGGGCGCUGCAGCAGAAAUUCAUUAAAUUGGAUGUGCUCUUUCCACAAACAAUGGAUAACAGCUACAAAAAGGCGACAAUGGUGGGGUAUGAUGAGGAGUCAAAUGUGAUUGUUCUGGGUACGUAUCUUGGCGACUUCAUGCUUCAACCUGAGUCAAUGCGGUUUACAAGAUUUUCUAAAAGAAAUUCCUGGGAUAACAAGAUGCAUUACCCCUACACAAAUUUCUACACUGCAGGAAGGGGAGUUGGGUGGAAAUGAUUGGUCUGAAAUUGUGAACACACGAGACCUGGUGAUGUGCUAUGGUGGUUGAACAGGUUCUAGAGCUGAAUUCCAGCUCCUGAGAAGCAUAAACUGCUAGUUGGUCAUGCUGUGGCAUUUGAUGUGGUCGAUGCUGAAAUUGCUCCACUGUGUAGUAUCUAGGUUCUUCUACUUUUACAUACUGCGGCCUGUGAAAUGGACUUGUAGGAUAUAAUUAUGUAAUAUUUUCUGUGACCUAGUAUCAGUAGGCAUUAGUCAACUUGCAUGCCUGUUAGUGAAUCGUGCAUUGCUUUGGUAAUAUUGUCGCUUGGCCCCAAUGUUCAAGAUAUCGCUGAUCGGUAACUGAUCGGUCGGGCUUAGAUGAGAGAUUAAUCGCUUAUCGGCCGAUUAAUCGAUUUUAUCGGUCGACUAUUUAUCGGCUAGUUUUUUUAUAUAAAAUCUCCGAAUCUAAGUAUUGAAUAUUGAAUAUUAUGAUAUGCAAAAUAUAAUAUUGCAAUACUGGACGUUGGUGUCUUGCCUUGAUUUUGCAUCUGAGUCUUUGUACAAACAUACUAAUGGAAACAACCAGCAGUGCAUGCUCUGAAACUUCAGAUUUCAAAAUCUUGCAUAAGUGUAGACACAAAUAUAAAAUAUCACACGAAAUAGGAUAGCCGUAGCAGUAGUAAUACAGCAAGUGCAUAUUAGAUAAUAAUGGGUCGGCAAAACAGAAAUAGGUAUUCGUUCCCUCACAGAGCAAAGUAAGAAAUUAAGAAAACAUGCACCAGGUUCUUAGCUCUCCCUCACGUGAGUCAGAUCACAACCAAUAUUGGCGAGAACUCAGAACUCACAGGAAGAUAAAUCAAAGAGUCUAGGAAAGCAAGCAACAAAUGUAGUGCUCAAAUAGCCAGAUUAUAAAAGGCCCAAGAUUCAAGACUCAAUCGGCUCCUCCUCAUCUUCAUUGUCCUUGGUCUCUAGCACCCCAUCAUCAUCAGACUCGAACUCUAUCUCAUCCUCAUUGACAACCACUUGUUUUCUCUUCAUCGGAAACAAACUCUUCCACCUCAUGGAGUUCUCUCACUCUUGCACUUCUACGAGGUUCCAUAGCUUCAGUACUUCCCAGUGCAUCAUCACUAUUGGAGUAUGGAAGCCCCGUAAUUGGAUCAACCUCCUCAUCUUUGUAAGCUCCUUCACAUAUCCAAUCUUGUGCCAUGGAAGCAUCUUCACCAAGGAGAACAUCACAAGAUGACUCAAACUUCUUUCUCUUGUCCAUCAUUCUUCCAUUGAAUUGAAUAUAAACUAGAUCAUCUCUACGACGGAUAUCUAGUUUAUUUCUCCUCUUUGCAUCAACCUACAAAUAGCAAAAUGUAGUUUAGUGAUUCACAUUUUCAUAAAUGUACAAGGAAUUUAGGACCAGAUUUGAGUAUUCGCAAGCUGAGAUUUACUUGUUCAAAAACGCUCCAAUUUCUUUCACAUCCGGAUGAACUUGUGGUCAAGUUGAGUAUCCUUAAAGCCAUGUGCAUCAAUGUAGGAGUUUUUAGUCCAUAAGUUGCCCACCACUCGCCUACAGUUAUGGAAAAAACAAAGUAUUAUGCAUCAGCCCAAACAAUUCAGAAAUGCAAUAUGGCACAAUCAUAUUGACAACGAGCUUACCGGCAUUGAAAUUUGCAUUGGUAAUAGCUUUUGCGGCAGCAACCUUCCCAAACAUGUCUUCCAUCUUUUUAAACUUUGGCAAUUCUAUGUUAAGUACCUUAUUUAUCGCCUCGUCAUUAUCAUGAUAAAAUUGUUCAACAACCUCCAUCAACCCAGACAUGACUUCUACAUCACUAAAGAUGCUUGUGUUAGCAUAACUAUAGUAAGGAUUUAAGUCAUAUCCCGCCAUGUGCCACGGUGUAUCUAGUCUCCCAUUCAUCUUGCUCUCCAUAGCUGUUGUGAUCACCAUGUAGUCCUUCUCUGAGUUUUCAACCGCAAUCAUUAUUGCCUUCUUUGCCUCUAUUAUUUCUCCAUACAUAGAGGCCAUGGACUGUCCAUCACCAUCAGCCAACCGAAGUAUCUUCACCAAUGGCUCGAAAACCUUCCAGACCACAUGAUGAAAAGAAAUGAAUGAGAGAGAAAAUGUAAAUAUAGAACAAUAGUAAAUAUAGAACAGUAGAAAAUAAAUUAGCUAACAUACCUUAAUGCAAAGAGAUACAUUUUUCCAAAAUGCCCUACUCAUUAUUGUGGCAUGAGUAUACUUUCCUUUCUUUGUUCUGGUGGGCUUGCACUCUUCCCAAGUAUCAGUACAACACAUCUCCUUUAGUUGCUUCUUCUUCGCAGCAAGACUUUGCAAGGUAAGAAACGCUGAAGCAAAUCUAGUCACUCCAGGCCUAACAAUGUCUCUCUUUUUUGUAUGAAACCUCAUGAGAGCCAAUGUGGCAUGAUGUGCAUAAAGGAAAAUAGUCAUCUCUUUGGCUUUGGUAAUUACAGGAGCAAACUGCUUCAACUUCCCAAUUGCUUCUACCAUCAAAUUGAUGGUGUGAGUUGCACAUGAGGUCCAAAAAAUCUUGGGCCUUUUAUCCUUCAACAUCACCUUUGCUCCCAUGUUGUUCGAUGCAUUAUCAGUGACUACUUGCACAACAUUAUCAGCACCUACAAAUACAUGAGAGCAAAGGACAAUAAUCAGAUCACAAUAUUCAGACCACAUGAUGAAAAGCAACGAAUGAGAGAGAAACAAAAAAGUUGAAGAUUCAUACCAAUUUUCUCAAUGCAUUCAUCCACAUAAUUGAAGAUGUACAAACUUGUGUGUGCAUCCGCCGACGCCUCCUUUGAUCCAAGAAAGACAGUCCCUAACUUGCAAUGCACACACAAGUUCAUGAUGCUCCUCCUUUUCUUGUCUGUCCAAGCAUCAGUCAUGAUAGAGCACCAGUGUCCGCCCUCUCAAUGUCAUGUGGCUUCAACAAAUCCCUAGUUCUGUCCACCUCUUGCGACAACAUCUUCUCUCGAAUCAUGUACUGAGAAGGUUGCCUCCAAUCAGGACCAUAGCGACCAAGAGCCUCACAAAAUUGUUUGAAGUCGUCAUCAUUUAUAGCGUUGAAGGGUACAUUUUUCUUAUACAACCAUCUAGCCAAGUACUGCCCCACUCGAUAGCUUCUCUCCUUAUCAACACUAUCAUUUAUAUUCUGCUGAUGUUUUUUAUUGUUCAACGGAAUUGAAGGAUCGAUCGGAGCAAGAAAUUGAUCCAUAGGCCCCUUCUUCGGAUCACCUUUGCCAACUUCAUUAAGCUCUUCUUGAGCAUCCUCAUUAACAACCUCUAUGUUCACAGCAGCUCUUACUUCUUCUUCUUGCUUUUGCUUUUCUAUCUUCCUCCUCUUUGGUGCCUCACUUGCCUCCUUACACCGAGCUUGUUGAUCUGGUGUGGCAUUCAAACAAGGCUUCACUCCGCCUCUGAUCUGGGCAAUGUGUUCCUUCAUCCGGGUCACACCUCCCGACAUUUCUUUUCCACAAAGCUUGCACUUGACUCUUUGUGGAUCAUUGGGAUCAAUCAGCACAGCAAAUUCCCAGCCCAUAUCAUCUGAAUUCCUCUUUAAUUUAGAACUUGCAACCUGAGAUAAACCAGUAUCCGUAGCAGCCAUCUACAAACAAUAAAAACCAGCAGCAACAUGUAUCAGUCUAUUAGACAUUCAGAUUACUAGUAUUACGAAAUUAUAUACACUAUACACUAUUUUUCUUAAGAAAUCUUUACAUGGUAAGUAUCAAGGCAAUCUCAACUAAACCACCGAGUUGGUGUAUCUGCCGCAGGUUAGCCUCGCCGCGUGCGUCUGUUGCCGAACCAGUGCAAGCUAGCCGGAAAGCCGAUGGUUCUGAGCUCUUUCCUAUUCCCGGCCGAUCUAGCUAGGCUAGCCAUCGCCACUCACACGACUCAUCGCUCAAUCCAUCACUAGCCUGACACGCACAUGUAGAUACACCGCAGUGGCCUCUGUAUCUACAUGACACGCACAUGUAGAUAUACGGCAGCCAUCCAAAUUCGAGCUAAGUAACUAGAGAUCUACAACAACUAUACUACAAUCCAUAUCCUCUAAAAAAUUACACACUAUUGCUCCAAUUUUUGACCAAAAGCCAGAGAACUAAAGAUGAAAAAAGAGAGGGAGAAGAGAAACAUACCGUGAAGUGGAUGAAGAACUGCUAUCGGAAGGGACGCCGUCGGAGUGCUGCGGGCGG